AUGGCAACCUCAGAGUCUUUUCAUGCCAUGAUGGCACCGAUAAUUACCUUAUCGAAGACUAUCGGGGUCGAAAUGUGGACUUCGGAUAAACUUUUUCAACCCAUGUCGUAUGUGCUUAUGGGACAGAUGUUGAUCUACAACAUCUGUAACGGUUAUACGGUGUACAAAUACAGCAGUGAUCCAAUAGAAGUGAUGAAGAUCACGAUUAUCUGUGGCGUCGCAACCCAGUUGAUCCUGAAAUAUUUUAUUGCAUUGGUGAAAAAGGAUACAAUCAGAGAUAUAUUCCAGAAAAUUGAGGAACAGAUCUACUGUCGAUAUUCCGAUGGCAGUAGCGAGGAAAAGUCUAUUGUCGAAAAAACCGUUCGUCGCAUGAAUUUAUUGUGGAAAUUUUUGGUUACUUUGUACGUGUCGACGUUUUUCGUUUUCGCGUUGUGGCCAUUUUAUGUUUACUACAGUACUGGUCAAAUUGUUCCACUUUUCAUGUACGAAAUUCCAAUGACCAAAAUUGAUGAGCCUGUCGGGUAUGCCUUGAGUUUGUUGCUCCACGUUGAUAUUUAUGUGUUGGGAGUAAUGGGAGUACUGCUAGCAGACUUCGCCCUGUUUUUCAUUGUGGUACAUGCUUUGACUGUCAUCGAUAUUUUCAUCCUACAUAUGACAGAAUUGGAAAAUUUGCUACGUAUGGAAGAAACCAAGGAUAAAGCUGAUCAAGUGGCUGAAAAGUGGAAACAUUGCCUUCAGGAUCAUCAGUUUGUUACAAAGUUUUUAUAUUCCACUGAAGAAAUUGGCAGUCUCCAGAUUCUGGUCCAUGUUUUUUCCUGUAUUUUUACCAUAUGUGACGCGAUGUUGCUUCUGGCAUUGACCGAUUGGUACGCAUCGCUUUGUUUCCUGCUUGUGAUUUUCGUAGAUAUUUCUAUUUUUUUCAUCCUUGGAAAUGUAGUUGAACUUAAGACUGACGAGAUGUAUCGGCGUAUUACGGAUCUACCCUGGAAUAUGUUGACCGUAUCGCAGCAAAAAGAAUUCUCAUAUAUGCUACAUCGAAGCCAGCUACCACUGAUGCUUACUUUAGCUGGUUUUACUCCAUUGAAUUUUGAGACCUAUAUGUCGGUACUGAAAUGUUUGUAUCAGUUUUUUGUAAUGAUAUUGCGAUAUGUAAGAUAAGAAUGAUAAUCAUUAAAAGAAUUA